AUGGAACAUAUAUACCAAUAUGCAUGGAUCAUACCCUUACUUCCACUUCCAGUUCCUUUGUUAAUAGGAGCUGGACUUUUCUUUUUUCCGAUAGCAACAAAAAAUCUUCGACGGAUAUGGGCUUUUUCGAGUAUUUCGUUGUUAAGUAUAGUUAUGGUUUUUUCGAUGAAUCUGUCUAUUCAGCAAAUAAAUAGUAAUUUUAUUUACCAAUAUGUCUGGUCUUGGACCAUUAAUAAUGAUUUUUCUUUAGAAUUUGGCUACUUGCUCGAUCCACUUACUUCUAUUAUGUCAAUGUUAAUUACUACUGUUGCAAUUCUGGUUCUUAUUUAUAGUGAUAAUUAUAUGUCUCAUGAUCAGGGAUAUUUGCGAUUUUUUGCGUAUAUGAGUUUUUUCAAUACGUCGAUGUUGGGUUUAGUUACUAGUUCAAAUUUGAUACAAAUUUAUAUUUUUUGGGAAUUAGUUGGAAUGUGUUCAUAUCUAUUAAUAGGUUUUUGGUUCACAAGGCCUAUUGCCGCAAAUGCUUGUCAAAAAGCGUUUGUGACUAAUCGUGUAGGAGAUUUUGGUUUAUUAUUAGGAAUUUUAGGUCUUUAUUGGAUAACAGGUAGUUUCGAAUUUCGGGAUUUGUUUGAAAUAUUCAAUAACUUAAUUAAUGCUAAUCAGGUCAAUUCCUUAUUUUGUAUUUUAUGUGCUUUCUUAUUAUUUGCUGGUGCAAUUGCUAAAUCUGCCCAAUUUCCCCUUCAUGUAUGGUUACCCGAUGCUAUGGAGGGACCUACCCCUAUUUCAGCUCUUAUACAUGCUGCUACCAUGGUAGCAGCGGGAAUUUUUCUAGUCGCUCGACUGCUUCCUCUUUUCAUAGUUAUACCUUACAUAAUGUAUGGAAUAUCUUUUAUAGGUAUAAUAACAGUACUUUUAGGCGCGACUUUAGCUCUUGCUCAAAAAGACAUUAAGCGAAGUUUAGCUUAUUCUACAAUGUCUCAAUUGGGUUAUAUGAUGUUAGCUCUAGGUAUGGGUUCUUAUCGAGCGGCUUUAUUUCAUUUGAUUACUCAUGCUUAUUCAAAAGCAUUAUUGUUUUUAGGGUCCGGAUCUAUUAUUCAUUCAAUGGAAACUAUUGUUGGAUAUUCUCCGGAUAAAAGUCAGAAUAUGAUUCUUAUGGGGGGGUUAACAAAACAUGUGCCAAUUACAAAAAAUGCUUUUUUAAUAGGUACACUUUCUCUUUGUGGUAUUCCACCGCUUGCUUGUUUUUGGUCCAAAGAUGAAAUUCUUAAUGAUAGUUGGAUCUAUUCGCCAAUUUUUGCAAUAAUAGCUUAUUUCACAGCUGGAUUAACCGCCUUUUAUAUGUUUCGAAUCUAUUUACUUACGUUUGAAGGCCAUUUAAACCUUUUUUUUAAAAAUUACAGUGGAAAAAAAAGUAGUUCGUUUUAUUCAAUAUCUUUAUGGGGUAAAAAAGAAUUAAAAAGCAUUAAUCCAAAAUUUCCUUUAUUAACCUUAUUAACACUGAAUAAUAAAGAAAAGACUCAUUUCUUUUCGAAAAAACCAUAUCAAAUUGAUAGAAAUUUCCGAAAAAUGAUGCGACCUUUUCUUACUAUUACUGAUUUUGCCAAUAAGAAUAUUUCUUUAUAUCCUCAUGAAUCGGACAAUACUAUGUUAUUUCCUCUGAUUGUAUUGAUUCUGUUUACUUUUUUUAUUGGAUUCAUAGGAAUUCCAUUUAAUAAAGAAGAAAUGGAUUUGGAUAUAUUAACUAAAUGGUUAAAUCCAUCUAUAAAUCUUUUACAUUCAAAUUCGAAUGAUUCCGUAGAUUGGUAUGAUUUUGUGAUAAAUGCAACUUUUUCGGUGAGUAUAGCCUAUUUAGGAAUAUUUAUAGCCUUCCUUUUGUAUAAACCCAUUUAUUCAUCGUUAAAAAGUUUUGACUUAAUCAAUUCAUUUGAUAAAAAAGGUCAAAAGAGAGUUUUUGGGGACAAAAUAUUAAAUAUAAUAUAUAAUUGGUCUGCUAACCGCGGUUAUAUAGAUGCUUUUUAUGAAAUAUUCUUAAUUAAGGGUGUAAGAGCUUUAGCUGAACUAAUUUCUGCUUUUGAUAGACGAAUAAUUGAUGGGAUUCCGAAUGGUUUUGGUGUUACCAGUUUUUUUGUAGGGGAGGGUAUUAAGUAUGUAGGAGGGGGUCGAAUCUCCUCGUAUCUUUUUUGGUAUUUAUUCUAUGUAUCCAUUUUUUUAUUAAUUUACUAUUUUGUUUUCUAA